AUGUUUCAUUCUUCUAUACUUGUGAUCCAAACAUAUUUAGAUGUCGGAAUGCUGAUUUACUUAAUUAAAAACAAACAAAAUGCUUUAUUUUUGUCAGGUGUCUACACACGUUAUAAAACCUUUCUAAACAAGGAUAAAGUGAUUUUAAAACGAGUAAUAAAAGGUGUUCAAACAAAGAGGCCAGUGGAAGUUCAGAAUGUUAUGUUACGGAGGUACUUCUUGGAACUCACACAAAGCUUUAUGAUUCCUCUUGAACGGCACAUGGCCAGUCUGAUGCCCUUGCAACGAAACAUUUCCCCCCAUAAGGCACCACCACGACUCCGGCCUUUUGAUCCUGAAGAAUUCUUAAAAACAGUUGAGCAUUCUGGUCCACAACUCACUUCUGGAAUAAAGGGAGACUGGGAGGGGUUGUACAAACGCUUUUUUCCGUCUCCCAAUUUUGUGGGGUGGUACCGACACCGAGAACAUGAAGUAAACCAAAAACUCCAAGUUUUACAUAUGGAGGCCUUAAGUAAUGUGGAUGUCCAAGACUGGAUUCGUGAUAAAGAGGAAGUUGAGAUUGUAGACCUCAUUUUGAGAUUAAGAGAAAAGCUGACCUUUGCUGCAAAUAACCAGUCUGCUGUAAAUAAAGACUGUGUUGUGAAACUCCAUCGACAUGUGGACACCAUCAUUUGCUCACUGCCAGACGAUCUGCAGGGUGUAUUGAAGACAUGA